AACUUCUGCAUAUGGACAUAGAUAUUAUUUAAUCGUGCAUUUUUUACCAGUUUCUGUGCUACUGACCCUCAGGUCUACCUGUGUAGGCUACAGUUGCUCUCACCUGCGGUGACGUAAACUCGCACAGAUUGGGGACUUCGGGCGCGGUGCGUCUGGGGAGGAAGUUGAGAAACCUAUGGUGAGUGGUAAACCUACUCAAGCCUGUUCUGUGUGACAGAAAAGACGGGACUGUUUAAACGUUUAGGCUAUCUAAAGCAUAGCCUGCGUAAAGCCAUUGGGAAUAUGUUCCCGCUAUGGGUUCUUUCUGAUCAACUAGACGAGAUCUGCUGUUGACGGUGCCGUCCUUCUGUUUGGGAAGGCUGUGAGGAGCGCGUGAGAGACCGUGCCCUUUCCUCCACACAUCUGUCUCAACACGCCCGGCCUGCAGAGCCGAGCCUCUCUCUAGCCUGGGGCGCCAGCGGAGACAUCAAACGCCCUGCUCCGGGAGGGCCCGCCAGCCCAUAGGGAACUGUGUCAGUACCAGAACACAGCCUGCAGGGAACCACGUCAGUACCAGAACACAGCCCACAGAGAACUGGAUCAGUACCAGAACACAGCCCACAAGGAACUAGAUCAGUACCAGAGCACAACCCACAAGAACUGGGACAGUACCAGAACACAGCCCACAGAGACACAGCUCAGGCUCAUUUGUGUAUGCCUGAGAAGAAUCCACACUAGAAUCUAGAAUCUCAGCAGUGCUAGAACGUGGACCAGGUUCUAUCAGAACAGCCAGCGCUAUGUCCAACAGGCUCUCAGACGGUUCCUCGGGGGACUCGGCCCCCCUGAUGCUGGAACAACGCUUCAGCUCCGACCUCCAACUGAACACACACCCGCGCUCGCCCGACACAGACACACACACACGCACGCCCAACACACACCCACGCACGCCCGACGCAGACUCACAGACGGACGCGCGCGCCCAGGUGGUGCUCAGUACGCAGAGUGAGGUGGCACACAGACUGGGCAGCGCCCAGCUCUUCCCCAAGAGCCUGGCGCACUCCAGCCGGCCCAAGAUGCGCCACCACACCACGGUGGUCACGCUGCCCGUCAGCGUGCUGGACACGCACAAGGCCAAGUGUGUGUCGCACGUGCCCGACCUGUCCUGGGAGGACUACGACAGCGACGGGGACGGCUACGCGCUGCGCCGCAACCGUAGGAACAAGUCGUACCGCGCCGCCGUCACCAGCCUGAGUGCUGACGCCAUGGCGAUGGGGCGCAGUGGAGCGAGCACGCUCAGACCGGUGGGAGAGGAGAGGGAGAGGGAGAGGGCGCCGAGUCCACAGCCGGCCACACACAGACCAGCACGCAAGAGAACCUUUGGGAGGAAGAGGAACCAGAAGCACGGAGGGUCUUUUAAAGAUCAACCACGGCUCUACCAGGAGAUCCGGGAGCGAGGUUUGCAGAACACGGACGAGGACUUCACCCAGACGGAACCUCCGCAGGAGGACCAGGGCAUCGUGGUGACCUACCGGCCCGCCCACAUGACCUGGAGCCAGCUGCCUCAGGUGAAGGACACAGGCAUCCUGCAGCUCAUCUCCCCUGAGGAGCGCAAACGUCAGGAGGCCAUCUUUGAGAUCCUGACGUCGGAGCACUCGUACCAGCACAGCCUGAGCAUCCUGGUGCGCCACUUCAAGGAGAGCGAGGAGCUCCGCAGCACCAUGACAACCACGGAACACCACCACCUCUUCUCCAACAUCUCCGUCAUCCACGCCGUCAGCAAGAGGUUUUUUGAGGACCUGGAGAAGCGGCACCUCCUCCACCCGGUGAUCCAGGACAUCAGUGACAUCGUGCAGAACCACGCCAGCCAUCACUUUGAGCCGUACAUCGUCUACUGCUCCAACGAGACCUUCCAGCAGAGGACACUACAGAAGCUCCUCUCCAGUAAUGUUGCGUUUAAGGAGGCUCUGAAGCGUAUCGAGUGCAGCCCAGAGUGCGGAUCUCUGCCCAUGAUCUCCUUCCUCAUCCUGCCCAUGCAGAGAGUCACACGACUGCCCCUCCUCUUGGACACUAUCUGCCAGAAGACUCCUGAUCAGACUGCAGAGUACUUUGCUGCCUGCUGGGCACUCAAGGCCAUCAGUAAGGUGGUGAAGAGCUGUAAUGACGGGGCGAGGAAGAUGGAGCGGACGGAGCAGAUGUACAGCAUCCAGAAGCAGAUGGACUUCGGAAAGAUCAAGCCGUUCCCGCUGGUGUCGUCGUCCCGCUGGGUGGUGAAGAGUGGGGAGCUGGCGGUGUGUACGGAGGAGCUCAGUCUGUUCUGGAAGGCCUUCAGCCACCGCAGCUACUUCCUCUUCCUCUUCAACGACGUCCUCAUCAUCACCAAGAAGAAGGGGGAGGAGACGUUUGUGGUGCUGGACUACGCCAGGCUGGAGCAUGUGUGUGUGGACGAGGAGCCGGGCAGCGGCGCCAACCCCCUGCAGCUGCGCGUGGUCAUGGCCCACAACAGCGACGGGCACAAGGAGCAGAUCGGCCUGGUGGCAGAGUCCAAGCUGGAUAAGGCUCGCUGGGUGACUGCUCUCCGGGAGCACAGGCGAGCAGAGAGCGACACAAACAGAGAUGAGCUGCCGCAGUAUGAGGCCACUAAGGCCUUCAUGCCGAAGACUCCAGAUGAGAUGGGUCUGCAGCAGGCAGAGGUGGUGAUCGUAGAGCAGCAGGUGGAAGGGUGGUGCCACGGGGAGCGGAUGCGUGAUGCGGAGCGCGGCUGGUUCCCUGCGUCCUGCGCCAGCGAGAUCACCAGCCGCGCCACCAUGGAGUGCAACAUGCGCCGCAUGGAACGCCUACGCAAGGAGACCAUCGUCUAACACACACACACACACACACACACACACUAGUCUUGAUCACCAGCCGCGCCACCAUGGAGUGCAACAUGCGCCGCAUGGAGCGCCUACGCAAGGAGACCAUCGUCUAACACACACACACACACACUAGUCUUGAUCACCAGCCGUGCCACAUCAGUCUGCGCAAGGAGACAAAUGUCUAACGCACACACACAAAAUCAGGAGUAUUGGAGAACAUGCUACCAACAUAUGAGCCAUGGAUCACAUCCCCACACUCACACACACCUCUACCAACCAGUAGACUGCAGUCUCUGCUCCACAUCUGAAGGACAGGCGCGAAGACACGCCAUUGGCUGUACAGAACUAGAGGGCGGCACAGUGUCCAGACUUCCAAACAUCAUGAGACUUUUGGUCGCAUCCAUAAACCUCUUCACUCCUGUGUUCGUACUUGUGCUUAAAUACUUGACAUUUAUUAACACUUAACUGGUGACUGUUCUAAAAAUGUGUUUAGAUGUUUUCUGUUAGAAUGCAUGUAUGAUUUUUUCUGUACCUCUUCAUGUAUGUAUGAAUUUUUCAAGUCACUUGCCACCUUACUACCAGUCUUUUCAGCGUUGUUGGGUGACCAGUGAUUCAUGAAUGAAAUGAAAAGAGUCCAGACAAAUGUAAAGU